AUGGUUCGUCGUGGAAUAUCGAUAAUUGCGUUGGUUGCAGUGUUGGGAAUUCUCGGAAAUAGCCACGCUUUCGACAUGGAGGCAUGGGCCAAUGACACUCCCGACACUUCGGAUAUUAAAAGUGUAGACACUACGAAGAUGAAAGAUGAUACAAAAGACGGUGCUGCUGAUCUGAAAGAUUCUGCAGUACACAAAUCAAAUAAUGAAGCCGAAGAUAUGGAGGCAGCUCUAAAGGAACUCCAAAAGCAGACAUUGGAUACUCAUGUCCGUGAAGAGGUAGAAGAAACCAAAAGUAAUGAGGAUCCAGAUAUCAAGAAGGAAGUAGAGGUGCAUGAAACGGCAAAGGAUAUUGAAAAAUCAGAACAGCCAAAAAUCGAAGUUCCUGUAGACGAUAAGGAUCAUGCAAAGGUGGUUUCAAAAGAAGAAUACGAAUCAAAUCGGAAAAAUACAGAGUUGAAUGAUAAGCUGGAUUCUGCAACUAUACCCGCAGAUCUGACUGCAGCGUAUUCUCUUAUUCCUACGAUUCCUUCAGAUGACUCCAAUGCUACUUCGGGUAACAACGACACCAUCAUUGAUGUCUUAGAACCAUUGGGACAAAACAUGAAACAAGAUACUCUUGCUAAAAUAGAUGAAACCAUUUCAAAACUUGAUAACCGAUUGCGAAAUUUCUUAGAUGCGGUAUCUACCGGAGCGCAUGACCUUGACUAUUACCAACGUUUCCUAGAGCAUACGUAUGAAACAUUCUGCCGGGAGAUAAACGGUGAUCUAGGGCAGUUGGGUGCCGAUAAAUCGGAUGUAGACGCUAAUAGUCGACCUGUAAAUGUGCAGAUCAGCGCCAAAAUGUCCAGCGCUAUACGAGAAAGUUUCGAUACCAAAGUGGAAGUUUUAGAACUGGCAGCCUCAGAGGUAGCCAUGAAAAAAUCAAAGGAAAUAGGUGCAAGAACCAUUCAUGAUGCUCUUACCAAUGGGUUGAUAUCCGUGAAAAGUACUAUUUCGUCUCCUGGAUUAACCGUUCGCGGUGAAAGCGCCGAAAUGAAAAACAUGAACGCUAUCAUAGCGAGGAUAUCAAAAUCUCUGCUUGCUGAUAUAAUAAGCUGGAGUCUGAAGGAAGAUGUUCUUAAAAAGAAACUCUUUGACAAUAUUCUAAAACGUAAUGAAUUUAUUAAGGAACACCCAACAGACAACAAUGGAAUUGAUAGACUCACUCAAUCGAUCAGGGACAUUGCAGCGAAAUUCCAUGUGGCACAAAACGAAAGAACUGGCUCAAUCCAAAAGCAAAAUGGGUUUAAAGAAUACAUGGAUGGCAUGCGUGAGGACAUAAACACCAUACAGCGUCUUAUCGACACAUACUUCGCCACAGUACACAAAGGGCACGCCAAAGCGCUCCUGCAAGAAGCUAACGAGGAGCUAAAGAAGGAUAGUGAGGCCGAAAGUGGAAUGCGCCUACGUUUAGCGGAGGAUACGGUUCGAACUGAAACUAACGUCAGUGCAGAGAAAGCAACGGAACAGUUGCGGUGCCCACGCAACUAUCGUCCGCUACACCCUGACAAACCUGUAACGGACUCCAACCCGUGUGUACGUUUGGAUAAAUGGACGCCUUCGCGGUAG